CAGUCAUCUCCCAGAUACAACACUACCAUGAGUAGCAAGCUUCCCACCUACCUUCCCAGUGGCGACUAUGUCAUCUAUUCUUUGGUCGAUGGGCCCCUUGGGAUCGCCUUUAUCACCGGUGCCAUUGACCGCGUCCCAGUUAUCGUUCCGUCCCCAGGCUUUUAUCCCCAAAAAUUCCAUGUCCAACUGGUGAACGAAUCCGAACACAUCUACGUGAUUAAGGUGGACGGUAAAAAUACUCGGGAUGAAGAAAAUCUCAAGUGGGUAAUUACCUACAGGGAACAGCAGAAUGCGUACACAAUCGUGAAAUUAAACACCAACGAAGCGUGGACGGACCCAGGCCAGGACCGCCGUGAGGGCCGCCGAGACCCAGACGAUCCUCGUCAGGGCAAAUACUCUGAUAUCUGUGCUAGCCAGCUUGUUCAGAUUCGAGCAGGCGACUACAGGAUCCACUCCUUGGUUUCCAACCAACCUCUCGGUAUUCAGUCUGUUGUGGGCCGCAGACCUGAUGACUCCGUCAUUGAGCCUGUCCGCCCGCCUGUACACUCGAGAGCGGACCCAGUUAUAGUCCCUGUCACUGGCUUCGCCCCUCAGACGUUCACCGUUCAGCAAGUAAACGGAGCAGAGGACACCUACGUGAUUCGAAUUGAAGGCAAGUACACUCGGGAUGAGAGAAACCUCGUGUACGCCUUCCAAGACCCACCGGCUCAGGAGUGGGUCAUUACCUACAGGGAAAAUCAGGGUGCCUACACCAUCGUGAAAAUGCGUACUGGAGGUGCAUGGACGGACCCCCGGCAGUUCCCUGAUAAUUUCCUAGGGCAAGUGACACUCCCUGAGGGCGAACAAAUCGAAAUUUCAGAUGACGAGCCCGACGUUCCAGAAGGUGAGGAGGCUGAGCACCCCGGUUCUGAGAGCGAUCUCCUGCGACACAGACGUCCCCCUCGUCGGUUCAGGCGUCAGGUAGACGACUUCCUUCUCUCCAUCGAUUUCAUGCCGUCCUCAUGUGUUUCACCCUUAGAUCGUCUUAGAACGUCUCGUUCGCACCGAGCGGGGCCCACCCCCUGUAUUCCCCAGGAACCAGUUAUUCCGGUUUUUGCCUGCCAAUGUGUUGAGGCCUGAGCGAAUGGAGGGAAUGUAACGCUUCAAGUUUUCAAGUGUGUGUCGUGUAAGAUUAGUCAACUUUGUCGUAGCUUCUGUUGUAUC